CCCGAUGUGCGUGGUGCAUUCUGGGUCCACCCCAAGAUGGCGGCGCCCUUGCGCAAGUGUUGAGAAACAAUCUCACCUGGAGAAGUCUUAUUAAAAUUAACUGCUGUUUCACAGUGUUGAUCCAUCAUCGAGGACAACAGGUAGUGCACGGAAAGAGACCCUCGGAUUAAGGUAUCGAGCUCCUGCCGUGGCUCACGCAGUGUGUGAGGAUGAUGAUGGGCCGCUGCGUCUGACCCAGAACCAAAAGCAGAGCCAGCGCAGAUCCCCCUGCAAAAACGCCUUGACCCAGCGCCUUCAGAUCCUCCACAAGCUGUGGACACUGCCGUUUAAGCUGCUGACGGGAGUGAUCUGUGUUAUCGUCCGUAGACGCGGCGGAUCUCCAGCUCGAGCUUUGGAAAACUCUGCUGACCAGAGAUUCUUUAUGAAAAUGGACGCUGAGCUGCUUAAUUCCCCUGUUGUGGGUCUGGCGGAGGAGGAAGAGGUGGACAUGACUGACUGGAACCUUCCACUGGCCUUCAUGAAGAAACGCCACACAGAGAAGAUUGAGGGAUCCAAAGCUUUGGCUCAGAGCUGGAGAAUGAAAGACAGGAUGAAAACUGUAAGUGUGGCUCUAGUUUUAUGUCUCAAUGUUGGCGUGGACCCCCCUGAUGUAGUCAAGACUUCACCCUGUGCCAGACUAGAGUGCUGGAUAGACCCUCUGUCUAUGAGUCCACAGAAAGCCCUGGAGACGAUAGGGGCCAACCUGCAGAAACAGUAUGAGAACUGGCAGCCCAGGGCCCGCUAUAAGCAGAGUUUGGACCCUACAGUUGAUGAGGUGAAGAAGUUGUGCACUUCACUACGGAGAAAUGCCAAAGAGGAACGUGUUCUCUUUCAUUAUAAUGGCCAUGGGGUGCCUCGACCCACCGUCAAUGGAGAGAUUUGGGUCUUCAAUAAGAACUAUACCCAGUACAUCCCUCUGUCCAUCUAUGACCUACAGACAUGGAUGGGAAGUCCCUCCAUCUUUGUGUAUGACUGCUCUAACGCUGGGAUCAUUGUCAAGUCAUUCAAACAGUUUGCAUUGCAGAGGGAGCAGGAGCUGGAGGUGGCAGCAAUAAACCCAAACCACCCGCUGGCUCAGAUGCCCCUGCCUCCCUCCAUGAAGAACUGCAUUCAGUUGGCCGCCUGUGAGGCCAGUGAGCUCCUGCCCAUGAACCCUGACCUCCCUGCUGACCUCUUCACCUCCUGCCUCACUACACCAAUCAAAAUCGCCUUACGUUGGUUCUGUAUGCAGAAGAGUGCAAAGCUGGUGCCAGGAGUGACCUUGGACUUGAUUGAGAAGAUCCCCGGCAGACUGAAUGACAGAAGGACACCAUUAGGAGAGCUGAACUGGAUUUUCACAGCUAUUACUGACACUAUUGCAUGGAACGUCCUGCCGAGAGAUCUCUUUCAGAAAUUAUUUCGUCAGGAUCUUUUGGUGGCCAGUCUAUUUCGUAAUUUCCUAUUGGCUGAGAGAAUUAUGAGGUCAUAUAACUGUACACCAGUCAGCAGCCCCAGGUUGCCACCUACAUACAUGCACGCUAUGUGGCAAGCAUGGGACCUUGCGGUGGACAUCUGCCUCUCCCAGCUUCCCACCAUCAUCGAGGAGGGCACAGCCUUCAGGCAUAGUCCAUUCUUCGCUGAGCAGCUGACAGCCUUUCAGGUGUGGCUGACAAUGGGUGUGGAGAACAGAAACCCACCGGAGCAGCUGCCUAUUGUCCUGCAGGUCCUCUUGAGUCAGGUACACAGACUGAGAGCACUAGAUUUGCUGGGGAGAUUUCUGGAUCUGGGCCCUUGGGCCGUCAGUUUGGCUCUUUCAGUGGGGAUUUUUCCAUACGUCUUGAAACUGUUGCAGAGUUCAGCGAGAGAGCUCAGGCCUCUUUUGGUCUUCAUCUGGGCAAAGAUCUUAGCUGUAGAUAGUUCAUGCCAAGCUGAUCUUGUAAAAGACAAUGGGCACAAGUACUUCCUGUCGGUGCUGGCUGACCCGUACAUGCCCGCUGAGCAUCGAACUAUGGCUGUCUUUAUCCUCGCUGUCAUUGUCAACAACUACAACACAGGACAGGAGGCAUGUCUGCAGGGUAACCUGAUUGCGAUCUGUCUGGAGCAGCUCAACGACCCUCACCCUCUCCUGAGGCAGUGGGUGGCAAUCUGUCUGGGCAGAAUCUGGCAGAACUUUGAUUCUGCACGCUGGUGUGGAGUUAGAGAUAGUGCCCAUGAGAAGCUCUACAGUCUCCUGUCUGAUCCCAUACCAGAGGUGCGGUGUGCAGCUGUGUUUGCGUUGGGUACGUUUGUGGGGAAUUCUGCUGAGAGAACAGAUCAUUCUACCACCAUUGAUCAUAAUGUUGCCAUGAUGCUAGCACAACUCAUUAAUGAUGGAAGUCCCAUCGUGAGGAAGGAGCUGGUUGUUGCUCUUAGUCACCUAGUGGUGCAGUAUGAGAGUAAUUUCUGUACUGUGGCUCUGCAGUUCAUGGAGGAAGAGAAAAACUAUGCUGUGCCUUCACCUGCAAAUUCCACAGAGACAGGGAACGUUACCCCGGGCAGGGACAGUCCCGCCAUCCCUCGUUUACGAUCAGUGAACUCCUACACAAACCUUAGAGCUGCCACCACCUCUCGAACCCUCAAUAAGAGCCUUCAGAACCUCAACCUCAACGAGGAGGGUGGUCCAGCAGCGUUCUCUCCAGGGAACCUGAGCACCAGUAGCAGUGCCAGCAGUACUCUGGGCAGCCCUGAUAAUGAUGAAUACCUACUCUCCUUUGAAACCAUCGACAAGAUGAGGAGAGUCAGCUCAUACUCUUCCUUAAAUUCUCUUAUUGGAGUGUCUUUUAACAGUGUAUAUACUCAGAUUUGGAGGGUGUUACUGCAUCUAGCAGCUGAUCCAUUUCCAGACGUCUCUGAUCUAGCCAUGAAGGUUCUCAACAGCAUCGCAUACAAGGCCACCAUGAAUGCUCGCACACAGAGGAUUCUGGACUCAGGAUCUCUGACCCAAUCAGCGCCUGCCAGCCCCACCAGCAAAGGAACACUCAUACAUCAAGCAGGUGCUUCCCACAGAUCCAAACGCUCUUCAUCUCCCUCCAGCGGAUCUCCUCCCAUGCCCGGUGCCUCCAGCUCCAGCCUCACCAAUGAAGUGCCCAAACCGCCGGUCCGGGAGGCGCCGCCUGCUCGGCCACCAUACACACCGACUCUGGGUGGUCAGGCUCCCCACUCGCAGCAGUUCCCACGCACCAGAAAGAUGUUUGACAAGGGCCCUGAUCAGGCUGCUGAGGAUGGAGAUGAGACAGCUGCUCACAGGAGCUUCAUCAGUGUGAAUCUGCAGACAGGUCUUUGUGACUGGAGUGCCAAAUAUUUCGCUCAGCCAGUCAUGAAGAUUCCAGAAGAGCAUGAUUUGGAGAGUCAGGUUCGUAAGGAGAGGGAGUGGAGAUUCUUACGUAACGCUCGUGUACGCCGACAAAGCCAACGCAUCACUCAGAAAGGAGUGACAAGGUUAGAUGAUCAGAUCUUCAUUAAUAGAAACCCUGGAGUGCCAUCAGUGGUGAAGUUUCAUCCAUUUAACCCCUGCAUUGCUGUAGCUGACAAAGACUCAAUCUGUUUUUGGGACUGGGAGAAAGGCGAGAGGUUGGAUUAUUUCUACAAUGGGAACCCACGGUACACACAUAUCACAUCCAUGGAGUAUCUUAAUGGGCAUGACUGCUCUCUCCUCCUCACUGCUACUGAUGACGGAGCAUUGCGUAUUUGGAAGAACUUUGCUGACCAGAGAAAUCCAGAGAUGGUCACAGCAUGGCAGGGACUAUCCGACAUGCUGCCCACCACACGAGGUUUGGCCCGACGGGUCUCAAUCUAUCUUGACAGAAGUAAGCAGGGAGGUGCAGGUAUGGUGGUGGACUGGGAGCAGGAGACUGGCCUCUUGAUGACGUCAGGUGACGUUCGAGUCAUACGGAUCUGGGACACAGAAAGAGAAAUGAAAGUGCAGGACAUCCCAACGGGAGCAGACAGCUGUGUGACCAGUCUGUCAUGUGAUCCUCAGCGGUCACUUGUAGCUGCAGGUCUUGGAGACGGAUCUGUUCGGGUGUACGACCGCAGAAUGGGACCUAAUGAAUGUCGUGUGAUGACGUAUAGGGAACACGGUGCUUGGGUGGUGAAGGCACACUUGCAGAAGGAGCCCGAAGGACACAUUAUCAGUGUCAGUGUGAAUGGGGAUGUGCGUUUUUUUGACCCACGGAUGCCAGAAUCAAUCAACAUCUUGCAGACAGUGAAAGGACUGACAGCUUUGGACAUCCAUCCACAGGCAAACCUGUUCGCUUGUGGCUCUAUGAAUCAGUUUAUAGCUGUGUAUAACUCCAAUGGGGAUGUGAUCAGCAACAUUAAAUACUAUGAUGGUUUCAUGGGGCAGAGGAUUGGAGCCAUCAGCUGCCUGGCCUUCCACCCUUACUGGCCUCAUCUGGCCGUGGGCAGUAAUGACUACUACAUGUCCAUCUACUCUGCAGAGAAGAGACUCAGAUAACAUCAUGACCUCUCACCUUUGACCCUUGCUGCCCCAACCCCCCCAAGGGAUGUAAAUUACUUCCUGUACAUAUGCAACAACCAUGAUGAAUGUCUAAAGAAGGCUGCUGAACCCACACAUGAUGACUAUAUUAGUAUCAUUAUUAUUAUUAUCAAGAUAAUUAUCAUUAUGGAUUUAUUGAUUGUACACUUGGCUGUGCAGAGGAGUGUAUAUUAUUAAAAUUGCAUAUAAAGAUCUUAAAACUUUA